GUUUCCUUCUCAUAGAAGAAGACAGAGGACAACAACACAGAGAGUCCACAGACUGUCCACACACUCACACUCUUCAAAGAUUAUUCCACUGUCUGACCCCCGUGACCGAUACGAUGAUGGAUAAUUUACGUCUUCUCCUCUUCAUCUUUGUGGGGAUGCCUAUAUAUGCAUUUUCAGAGCCCCAGUGUAAGAACACAGAUCACGAGCAUCUAUUUCUUGAAGGUGAAUCGUUUGUGUCUCUUGCUCUGCUUCAUAAAUAUCUCGAAAGUCAAGGGCUCACAUGGCACAAUAAUAACUUGACGAUCCAGUCCAACGAGUCAGCGAGGAUACAUUGCAAUGGCACACUGUUUUUUUUCUUAAACGCUACCACCAAGGACUCUGGCAUAUACACUGCCCGGCGCGUGUACCCUUCAGGAAACUGCCGCAACUAUAAUCUGAACCUUACAGUCCUCAAAGCGAGUCAGAGGGCUGACCCCGAGAUUCUUUAUGGAGAACAUGACCUGCCCGGGUUGAACAAAAGGGUCUCUUGUCCGAUUCCUGUCAUGACGACAUGUGAAAGGCUUGGAGGAAAUCUCACCUGGUACAAGGACUUCAAUCUUCUUCAAGGUGUCCAUGAAAAUCCCAUGUGGAUUCUCAACACCACCAAAGAUCAUGAGGGUAUCUACACCUGCAUCUGCACCUGGUCCCACAAUAACAAGGUUUAUAACUCAUCAGGCUCCAGGAAGCUCAUCGUUAGUGAACCAAAAAUUUACGAUGACGUAGUGGAAAUCAUCUCACCAUCAAACGAGCAGUUUGCUGAUGAAGGUUCUGAGCUCCAGCUGAACUGCACCGUUAGGUGCGGGACUAAUAUGAAAAAGGACUGUUUUGCUCGAUGGCAGAUUGAUGGCGACACGGAUGGCUACAAGCAAACUGAAACCCUAAACAUUGAGGAACCUUCAAAGGCCACCACCACCACUGUGGUCCUGACCAUCAAGCAAGUGUCUGCGUGGGAUUUUCAGACGAAAUUGAAAUGCACUGGGUGGAAUAUUUACUCAAUAAAAUCAGUCUUUUUACAGCUCAAGCGUAGAGGGUCGAUAAAUCGCCUGGUCAUCACAGCAGUGUUUGGCUCUGUGCUUGCUGUGUGGCUGGUUAAGUGCAUUUUUAUCGACAUUGCACUCUUGUUCAGACCCUGCCUCCGUCCGUUCAAUCGCAAAAAAGAUGUGAAGUUUUACGAUGCCUACGUGGUCUACCAGACACAGCACAUGGACAAGGAAGCUGAGGACACACUCGGGCGAUUUGUCAUGCAGAUUUUACCGUCUGUUCUCGAGGACAAGUGCGGAUAUCGACUCUUCAUCCAAGGGAGAGACGACAUUCCUGGACAAGACCGUAUGGAACUGGUUGACAACAACAUGAAACAGAGCAGAAGACUGCUCAUCCUCAUCUCCCCGGGUUCAGGAUCUGGGUCCGAGACCACAGACCAUCAGUCAGCAGCAGCAGAAGGGUUUGACUGGCAGGCAGGUCUCUAUCUAGCACUGGUCCAGAGAGAGAUGAGUGUGAUUCUGAUCCAGUUGGGCGACACCGGGACCCAAGGAUACAAACACCUUCCCAUCACCUUGCAGCAUUUGAUCAACAAGAGCGCCCCUCUGAGGUGGCCAGAGGGUUCGUGGGAUGCUGCAUCGCGGAACUCGCGCUUCUGGAAGAGAGUGCGAUACCUGAUGCCCGCCAUCCCGUCCAAGAAAUAUCCACAGGCUGCGAAUGAAACACGGAUCUAUCAGAAUGUUUGUGAAAUGCAAGCGCUCACUGUAACUCCUCUGUCCUAAUGUCGUCCUUUUGAACAUUUGGACGCCUAUGACUUUUUUGUCUCAUUUUGGACAUCUUACUAUACUAUGACUUUUUUGUCUCAUUUCAGAUGUGUGACUAUACUAUGACUUUUUUGUCUCAUUUUGGAUGUCUUUCUAUACUAAGACUUUUUUGUGACUUUUUGGACAUCUUACUGUACUAUGACAUUUUGGACGCCUUACUAUACUAUGAAUUUUUUGCGACAUUUUGGGCACCUUACUUAACUAUGACUUUUUGUGAAAAGACAAAAUGUUUCAGUUAAGAUUUGUGUGUAUAUGUUUAAAAUAACAUGCAGAAAAUACAGUGUUAUUUAAAAUACAAAAAAUUUCAAAUGUGAAGAAGUUGUUUUGUGACGCACACAUUUUUGUGCGAUUGAACGAUUGAUUUUGUGAUUUGGAUCACGUUUGUUUGCUAUCUUUAAAAAGUGGGCCCCCAUGUGGAAAGUUUGGGAAACACUGGUCAUUAAAAAGGUGCAUGGUUGCAAGUGGAGGUCUCAGUUAGGCUCCACCCCCCGCUCUUCCAAAUAUGGUUACUUCUGGUUUCAGACAGUUCAUGUCAUGGUGGAUCGACACUUAAUCAUACCACUGUCUCCAACUUGGACUGAUUUAAGAUGAUGUGUGAUUGUGAAAUGGAUGUAUUUGUAAUGUUAUUGUGAACAAAACUGUAUUUAUUUAUUUCAGAUGUAUGUUUGAGCACAUUUACAUUUAUAUCUUGUCUGCAUUGUUUGUUUGGUUUUUAAAGACAAAUUGUAAGUUUGUACAAAGUGCUUAAAGGCUCAGUCCCCAUAUAUGAUUGUCCCAAAAUAAUCUGCAAAAAUA